AUGGCACCUAACUCCCCUCUCCCUCUACCUCACUUCCUCAGCUCGAUGAUGGGUGAGCCUGCUACACCCUCAUUCUCCCAGCGUCCUGUGACACUGCUUGGUUCCCCUUGCAAGGUGAUGGACCCGAAGGACGCUGCCAUGGGUGUGGUUUAUUCUGCGUGGAAGGCCUUGCGUGAGGCAGAGCCUUUUGAUUCACCCAUCGACUUUGAGUUCCUCAUAUGUGAGUUCCUUUCUGCACUACGCGGUCUUCACUCCUUUACUGACUCUGUGUCACAAAUGCAUUAUACCCAGUUUUGUCAGAAGGCCCAGGCUCAUCUUGACUCCUUUGCUGCUACCUUUCUGGUGAGCAAGAAUUCGAGUCCUCCUUCCAUGACUGAGGCUUCCAUGUGCAUGCCCUCUGAUACUGAAGACAUCAUGGCUUCUGACUCUCUGACUGCUUCUACUGGCACUAAUGACUCCCUUCCUACUGCUGUUCCUGUCUCGACUCCUGCAGCCAUUACUCCAGUUGCAGCUCCCAUUCCCCUUGGUGUCUCCAUUCUGCAAUUCAAGUUUCAGGCUCACACCGCCAACCUCAUUGCUCUCGAUUAUCCUUCCGAUUUUGAUACUGUGGUGAUGGAGGUCGACCCUUUGCUCGCUACUGUGAUCUUCGAACCCCCAGCUGCACAGAGCUCUGAGGCUAUUGAAGUCUCUAGCAAUGACAAGGACAACAGUGACAGUGAUGAGGUGGAGUUCAUGGAUGGGACUGUUCCUAAUCUGUCUCCAGUGCAUUUAAAGAAAGGCAAAGGAUGCAGUCACCAGCCUGUGAGCCCGUCCAUCAUGACUGUAGCUUUUGAGGGCCAAUAUGCAUGCAUGCCAGUCCGUACCUUUCGCAACUGCUUCCUUCCACCAAUAUACCUCCUGUUGUGGCAGAAGCCUUCUAUUGUAUGUCUGUAUUUGUAUUGCCUGUCCUCAGAGAAGGUCUCCCGAACAUUUCCCAUUCAUUCUCUUUUAGACACACCCGAGCCUGAGACAGGGUUGAAGGUUGAGGAUGCACCUAAGGAGGUCAUUGUCAAGCAGAAGAAGGACACCGUCGAGACUUCACAUUACCUGGACGAUGUUAUGACCCAGCAUGCCUACACCAGCACUAUCAUCAUUCCUUCAUCCAAGAUCCUCAAACUGUGCUCGAAGAAAGGCAAGGCUCAUGCAAAAGGCUCUUCUCAGGUUGUGCUUGUGAAGUCUGAGCUGGGUAGUGCUCUGCUGGCCACCCUUGAACCUUCUUUGAUCAGUAUGCAACUCGAGUAA